CUAUCGUCUAACCGAAAAUAUCUACUUUAUAAAACUGUGAUGGCACCGAUUCUUCAGCAGCGACGAGGAAAGCAGCAGCGCCAAAACCACACCAUUUACGUGCAGCAGCUGUUUAAAGAUUUUAUUACGCGAAAUAGCGGAAGCCGAGGAACCGAAACGGGAAGACCGAUUGUUGCAGCGAAUAACAGCGAUUAUCCUCGUCGUCAGGAUGUGCCAUUGCCAAGACGGAAACAACCCGGAAUUUUCGAUCGUGCGGUUUACGCACGCUUCGAGCGAGCUACGCACGGUCAAGAAGCUCUAAUCCGUUGUGAACCAACAGGUGGGCUGAAGACAGGCCUAAUGAAAUGGAUUGAUCAACAACGGUCGCAACCAGAUUCGCAACAAAGACAAAGCCACGUUCCCCGGAGACCAACGCGAGGCGACGAUUACCUAAACCUACCGAGUAAUUUCUUCUCUGGAAGCGAUCAGAUGAAACUUUCGUUCGAUGUGUGCGACAAAACGGUUGGUAAUGUAACUUCCAACUUUAUACCGCCGGCCACUUCCACGCCGUUCGAACGGAUGAAUUCGUUCGGAGUAUCCGGAGUGCUCUCGGAUCCAGACGAAUUUCAGCCGACGCAAGGACGCAGCAGUAUACAUCGCACAUCGAAUGAGAGAACAGCGAUCGGUUGGGAGGGCUUUUUACAAAAUGUGCACAAAGUUCUGGCACCUGUUGCUAUUAAUAAUAGUGAUGAGAGCAUUUUGGAACAGCAUCGAACGGAUUUAAAGCAAAUUAUGCGGAAUGAAAUUCAGGUUGCUUCUUUGGAGCCUAAAAAGGAUGAGGAUCGCUGCACUAUAAGCGUGAAUCCUGUGCAACGUUCUGCAAAUAAAAUGGAGACAUUUUGCCGACCAAGCUGGAAAGAUCAUUCAUUCAUCAGCAACCACAAUUUCGCUCUCCAUAUGCAGCGCCAGAAAUCGGCAGCAGGAAUGCCGAUUCAAACGAGCCGCAUUAACUACAAUGGAUUAUCUUUUCUGGAACCAGCUGAGAUUCAACAGCCGAAAUGUACCGAUACAUUUGCUACUAAUGAAACCACUCCAGUGAUACCUACCUAUCGGGAUUCCGAAUUAUCAUUCCUCGAUGAAACCUGUACUCCAACUCAAAACUUCAUCAUGGCACCGCUAGAAGACACAAUGCUGCUGACUGCUUCUCCGCCUUCGCCAUCGCUGUCUGCAGUUCCAGCGAACAAUUUCUUCGAAGAAAGGUCUUUUUUCUUUGAUCAAACUCGAACCGAUGACUCGUUGAUCGCUAAGCUUGAUGAGCUGCUUCAUGACGUUGAUGGCUCACCGAUAAAUGGUUCAGCUAAAAGGAUGUACAACAAUUUCGAUUUUCCUUCCCACGUUGAGACCACGCCGAUGGAAAGCAUUUUUAAUCGUCCAACUCGACGAUUGCAGCACAGUAACGGGGUGAAUCAAACGUGGAUGAUAGAUAAGGCGUCUCCGUUCUAUUUAACACCAGACGACACAAUGGGAUCCACAUUUUCUGACGAUCUAUUUUAA